CAAGGAUGCUUUGUCGCGAUGACCGGGAGCGCACACUUAAACGGCGACGACGACGAGGACGGUCGUGAAAGCCCCAAAACUCCAAACCUGCAGGAACGCGCAGCACAUUCGACUGGCAUCGACACCGCAACCGCGUACGACAUUCGUUUACGGUCCUCGGCCAUGAACUUCUUCAAGUUCGGCUCUUCUCACGGCGCUCAGUAUGACAGACUAGAGGGCGGCAUGGGCCCCAGCCGUGGCGCGCGGAGGGGCGGCGCUGCCUGGAAGAAGUACGCCAUCGGCGCCGCGGCGGUCAUUGGAUUGAUCGUGCUCUUCGGCCCUCGCCCUUCGCCGCGAUACCUGUACUCUGAUGAUACUGACGUGGACACUGUCACCGACGAUCCUCUCUUCACCGACCCCGCCGAGCCCAUCGUGCACAACCCCGUCAUCGAGGAGGAAGAGACCACGCGACCUACACGCCCCUCUGACGAGAAGCCGACGCUGAAGCCGGGCGAGCAUCCCACGUCUUUCGAGACCGACCCCGAUCCCCUUCACACCACCUACUGCACCACGACCACCGCCGACCGCAUCGUGCAGUAUGCACUUAUGAUCGACGCUGGAUCGACCGGCUCGCGCAUUCACGUAUACAAGUUUAACAACUGCAACCCGAACUCGGGCCCUUCAUUCGAGUAUGAAGUAUUCAAGAUGACCCAGCCGGGCUUGUCCUCCUUCGCCGGCAGGCCUGAGGAGGCGGCCAAGUCUCUUGACGUGCUCAUGGACGAGGCGAUGCGCGUGGUCCCCGAAUCAUUGCGCAAGUGCACGCCUGUCGCUGUAAAGGCGACCGCGGGUCUUCGUCUUCUUCCUGGCUCUCAGAGUGCGGACAUCUUGGACGCUGUACGUCAACGCCUCGAGACGGCCUACCCCUUCCCCAUCCACGGAGAGGACGGUAUCGUCAUCAUGGACGGCAAGGAUGAGGGCGUCUACGCCUGGAUUACCGCCAACUACCUGCUUAAUACUAUCCGCCCCGACACACCGAAGGACACGCCGACGUUCGCCGUGCUUGACCUUGGCGGCGCGUCAACCCAGAUUGUCUUCGAGCCGAAGUUCCCCAACGGCGCGGAGAUGGCUGACGGGGACCACAAGUACGAGCUCAAGUUCGGUGGGAAGGACCACGUCCUUUACCAGCACUCGUACCUCGGCUAUGGUCUGAUGCGCGCAAGGCGGCACGUCCACCAGCUCAUCGAGUUCAUGGACUCCCUCCGCGGGAAGAAUGGCGGCGGCACAUUCAUCGAGAAGGAUCGCCGCGUCUCCAACCCGUGCCUCGCGCAGGGUACGCAGCGCUCAGUCGAGGUUGAGGACGAGCGCAACGGCGUUACACGCUCGGUCAUCAUGGACGGCGAAGGCAUCGGCAGCUUUGAGUCGUGCUCGCGCACGAUGCAGCUUGUCAUGGCGAAGGACGCUAUCUGCGAGUUGAAGCCUUGCUCCUUCGAUGGCGUCUACCAGCCCAGUCUGCUAGACGCCUUCUCGGAUGGGAAGGUCCUCCUCCUGUCCUACUUCUACGAUCGAAUCCACCCCUUGAUCCCCGAGGACAAGUCCAAGGUGACGGUGAGCUCGAUCAAGGACCUUGCUUCCACAGUUUGCAUGGGUCGCUCCGCAUGGCUCGACCGAUGGGGCGCGCAACCUGAUGUCAUGAAAGAGCUUGAAGACCGCCCCGAGUGGUGCCUCGACCUCACUUUCAUGCACUCGUUGCUGACGCUCGGGUACGAGUUCACGGAGGAGCGUGAUGUGCAGCUCGGGAAGCAGAUCGAGGGGACGGAGCUGGGAUGGUGCUUGGGCGCUGCGCUUGGCGUGGUGAGCGGGGCUGAACUGAAGUGCAAGGCCUAGAUAGAUUUGUACUGGACAUUCGCAGCUCGUAAAUAUACGUCUGUAUCACUGAUGUGUCGAAGGCCACUGAACAGUACAUGACCGCAAGGUGGCGAGAAAGGCUCGAGCAGGAUGUUUGUAUUGAUGGCAUGGCGUUUCAUUGAAACCUGAGGAGAUGAGGAGAUAAC